CCGUUCUUUGAGAAGUUUGCUGGCCUUGUCACAUCCCUGGAGUUGAACCCUCAUUCUUCGCGAGGUCAAGUCACAUCUUCAACAGGGUCUCUGAGCAUCUAGAAGAGACUUCAUGACAUUCACUCGAAUCGGUUUGAAGCUGGGUAGCCUGAAAUUCGAAGCUUGUACAACGGGUGCUACAAGUGUUUGACAACUUUGCGCUUCGACCUAGGAAGCGUACUUAAAUACCUGGGCAUAAGUGCAACAUCAUUCAAUUAGCCUUCGGUAUCGACUUGUUUCUUCUCUACUUCAACACUCUUGUUCUUCAACACGCCAAAUUCUGCAUCACAAUCCACGACACAGUGCACAUGCAAUCUAUCACAAGUCCACGUGAUUCAGCCACCUCGACUUACGAGGUCAGCCAAUAUCAAUCAUGUUCACCUCCAAAGGCCUCUUCUCGGAGAUAAUAUGUCCACACAAAGACACGUGCAUGUUACCCAGAUGCAUUUUCAAACACUCGGAUACGAAGGCUGGUGGUUCAACAGGUCUCGAAGUCCAGGACGAUGUGACACCAAGCAACGAGCAAGAGGGGCAAAGGAAAAGAAUCAAACUUGAUGACGAGGCUGAGCAGACUGUCAAUGGAGACCUCGACAAGACAACAGCAACAAACACGUUGCUCAAUAAAGUCUCUUCGAAACCAUUGGCAACAAAGUCAGCAUUAGCUGAGGCAUCGAACAAGAAGAGUUUGGCAGCGACUCGGCCCAUUUCUCCUCCUCCUUUACGACGAAAAUCUGAGAAUGGAUCAUCAGCCGGUGUCAAACAUGCUUCAACGCCAAACAGUAUUUCCACACCCAAAUCCAAGCCAAAACUACCAGUUAAGGUUCCCUUGAAAGUAGAAGAUCUAAACCCACGCACCCUCAGCAUACCUGCUCCGGCAGCACAUAAUACUAGACUCCAAUUAAUACGAUUUCUACAUACCGAAUUCGUUCGGCUCAAUAAUGAGCUAGAAAAGGAUGCCAAGGACGAUGAAGAAGAGCUCGUUUUGUCAGCACAAGCACUUAUUACCAAAGCUUUGGAUAUUGAGGAAGACGCGGCUAUGACUCAAUCAUUGAUAUACACAAAUGUAGUCAAGAACAGAGUCCAUGCCUACCGGAAAAUGUCCGUCAAAACAUGGGUCGAAGAACGAGCCAAGGAGGUUGCUGCGACGAAAGCUCGCGAGGGUAAGUCAGCUGCCCAGCCAACAGAACCACCAAAGACACUUGAGACUGGUUUAACUCCAGAGCAAGAGCUCAAGCUUUUACCAAGACUUCACACGCCUGUCACGGGGUUAACGGCUCACGGCUACGUAACCAACAUUCCAACACCUGCAGAAAUUGAAUCUGCCAAGGCAGGAGUCGAAGCUGCCCAAGGCUGGGAAGUUUGUGAUCGUUGCAAGAGUAGAUUCCAAGUCUUUCCUGGCAGGAGAGAAAAAGACGGCGCUCUUACAGCUGGCGGAAAGUGCACACACCAUUACGGCAAACCCUACUUGGAAGACAAAUCGACUACAGACCCCAAAGCCAAGCGAGCAAAACGGUAUCGGUGCUGUAAUGAGGUAGUUGGUGAAUCUGCUGGGUGCACGACGGCGGACACUCACGUCUUCAAAAUCUCAGAAGUCAAACGAAUGGCUAGCAUACUGAACUUUGAGAAGACGCCUGAUAAUCCGGCCAAGGACUCAAGCAAGCCUGUUUGUAUUGAUGGCGAGAUGGGCUACACAGUCUAUGGUCUAGAGCUUAUACGAUUGACGGCAACUUCUUGGCCUAACGGAGAAGAGCUGUUCGAUGUACUUGUCAGACCUGUGGGCCCUAUCUUGGAUCUAAAUUCCCGAUAUUCAGGAGUGUGGCCCAAAGAUAUGGCAGAAGCACCCGCAUGGUCUGAUCAUCCGCCGAAAAAGACGCCAACGAAGACUGACAGCGAGAACGGUAAACACAAGCUCCAGAUCGUCGACUCUCCAGCCAAAGCGCGGUCUCUCUUAUUCUCAUUCCUCUCCCCCAAAACACCACUCAUCGGCCACGGCCUCGAAAACGACCUAAACGCAACUCGCAUGAUCCACCCAACCAUAAUCGACACCGCACUCCUGUUCCCACACCGAGCCGGACUGCCCUUCCGCAAUGGGCUGAAAGCCCUGAUGGCCACGCAUCUCAAUCGGCAUAUCCAAGUGGUGAUCGAUGGGAAAAUAGAAGGACAUGAUAGCAAGGAAGAUGCAAAUGCAGCAGGAGAUCUGGUGCGAUUUGCGCUGGGAAAUGAGUGGAAGAAGAUGAUGAAUGAUGGAUGGAAGAUUGAGAAUGGGAUGUUUAAGCAUGGGGCUGGGAGGGAAUUAAUCCCUUCUUCGGAGACGAAAGCUGAUAAGUUGAAGGCGUUGGCCAGAGAUGGGGCGGGCAAGAAGAGGAGUAGGGAGGAGAUGGAGGAGGAGGAUAAGAGGGAGAGGUUUGGUGGGUUGAAUUAUUAGGAUGGUGGUUGUUGCUUGGGUUGAGGACUUGAGUUCUGCUAUGGGAAAGGAUUUUAUGGCCGUGAGAAGAUGAUGUUUUCGAGGCCCGGCCCUUACACCUCUUGACCCUGGCAGGUAUUAAAACGAAAGCUGGAGGUAAGAUCACAGUCAGAGACGCAUACAGAGUCGAAAGAAGUCCUCUUCUGAGCGCAUGGAGAGGUCGGGACUUCAUGAAAUGGACAUUAGGAUAAUUAGCCUUGAUAUUCGAGCACUGAGGAGAAUCAUCAUAUGUAUAGCGAUCCAGCCGAGCAGGCUUACUUCUCCUCUGCCACUUACUAUCUCUUUCUGAGAAAACUCAACGAGGCGUUCGUUCAGCUAAUGAUAAGUCUCUUCUAUUGUUGCAAAACUGAAAACGGAGGUAUAAUGAGAUAAUUGAAGAAACCAC